UACGUCGUUGCCUUUGACAAGUCGCCGCUGCAGCAGAAAGAAAGGACGCGGCCGCCGCCUCCUCCUCCUCCUCCAGGCCGCCCUCCGGCUUGCACCCGCUCACGGACUAAUGGCAAAAUAGGACUCACCAUGGCAGCCAUGGUCCCGCCCGUGAAACUGAAAUGGCUCGAGCAUUUGAACAGCUCCUGGAUCACAGAAGACAGUGAAUCCAUUGCUACACGAGAAGGAGUCUCCGUCUUGUAUUCCAAACUCCUCAGCAAUAAAGAAGUAGUACCCCUGCCUCAACAGGUCUUGUGCCUCAAAGGACCCCAGCUACCGGAUUUUGAACGCGAUUCUCUGUCUAGCGAUGAACAGGACCACUAUUUGGACGCCCUCCUUAGCAGCCAGCUGGCCCUGGCUAAGAUGGUGUGUUCGGAUUCCCCAUUUGCCGGAGCACUUCGGAAGCGACUGCUCGUCCUGCAGCGCGUUUUCUAUGCACUUUCUAAUAAGUAUCACGACAAAGGCAAAGUGAAGCAGCAGCAGCAUUCGCCAGAGAGCAGUUUUGGUUCAGCGGACGUCCAUUCCGUUAGCGAACGUCCCCGAUCCAGUACGGACGCCCUCAUAGAGAUGGGGGUCAGAACUGGACUGAGCUUAUUAUUUGCACUACUCAGGCAGAGUUGGAUGAUGCCCGCUUCAGGACCCGGCCUCAGUCUUUGCAACGACGUGAUCCACACCGCCAUCGAAGUUGUGAGUUCUUUGCCGCCGUUAUCGCUAGCCAACGAAAGCAAAAUCCCACCCAUGGGUUUGGACUGUUUAUCUCAAGUCACGACGUUUCUCAAAGGGGUCACGAUCCCCAAUUCGGGCGCGGACACUUUAGGCCGGAGGUUAGCUUCUGAGCUCCUCCUCGGUUUGGCGGCCCAACGGGGGUCACUGAGGUACCUUCUAGAAUGGAUUGAGAUGGCUCUGGGCGCCUCGGCCGUCGUCAGCGCCAUGGAGAAAAGCAAACUGCUGCCAAGCCUGGAGGGGAUGAUCAGCUUUGACUGCUUUAUGAACAUUUUAAUGCAGAUGAGGCGCUCUUUGGGUUCAUCUGCUGAUCGGAGUCAGUGGAGGGAGCCAACAAGAACUUCUGAUGGUUUAUGCUCUCUCUAUGAGGCAGCUCUGUGUUUAUUUGAAGAGGUUUGCCGAAUGGCCUCUGAUUACUCAAGAACCUGUGCUAGCCCAGAUAGCAUACAGACUGGUGACACGCCUAUUGUUUCCGAAACCUGUGAAGUGUAUGUUUGGGGUAGUAAUAGCAGUCAUCAGUUGGUAGAGGGUACCCAAGAGAAAAUACUGCAGCCUAAACUGGCACCAAGUUUUUCUGAUGCACAGACAAUUGAAGCUGGACAAUAUUGCACUUUUGUAAUUUCUACGGAUGGUUCUGUUAGAGCCUGCGGUAAAGGCAGCUAUGGGAGAUUAGGACUUGGUGACUCCAAUAAUCAAUCUACUCUGAAAAAGUUGACAUUUGAACCUCACAGAUCCAUUAAAAAAGUGUCAUCUUCUAAAGGAUCGGAUGGUCACACCUUAGCUUUUACAACAGAAGGGGAAGUCUUUAGUUGGGGAGAUGGCGAUUAUGGAAAAUUGGGACACGGAAAUAGUUCGACACAAAAAUAUCCGAAGCUCAUCCAGGGACCUCUUCAAGGAAAGGUAGUGGUUUGUGUGUCAGCUGGAUACAGACAUAGCGCAGCCGUCACUGAAGAUGGUGAAUUGUAUACUUGGGGAGAAGGCGACUUCGGAAGAUUAGGACAUGGAGACAGCAACAGCCGGAACAUUCCAACUUUAGUCAAAGACAUUAGCAAUGUAGGAGAGGUUUCCUGUGGCAGCUCACACACAAUUGCUUUGUCCAAAGAUGGAAGAACUGUCUGGUCUUUUGGAGGAGGAGACAAUGGCAAACUUGGCCAUGGUGAUACCAACAGAGUGUAUAAACCUAAAGUCAUAGAAGCUUUACAGGGAAUGUUCAUUAGAAAAGUUUGCGCCGGGAGCCAAUCUUCACUUGCUUUGACAUCAACAGGACAGGUCUAUGCCUGGGGCUGCGGUGCUUGUCUAGGUUGUGGUUCUUCAGAAGCUACUGCUCUAAGACCUAAGCUUGUUGAAGAAUUGGCAGCUACAAGAAUCGUUGAUAUCUCCAUCGGAGACAGUCACUGUUUAGCCCUUUCUCAUGAUAACGAAGUUUAUGCUUGGGGAAACAAUUCUAUGGGGCAGUGUGGUCAAGGGAAUUCCACGGGUCCCAUCACUAAACCAAAGAAAGUAAGUGGUUUAGAUGGAGUAGCAAUUCAGCAGAUUUCCGCUGGAACGUCACAUAGUCUGGCAUGGACUGCUCUUCCCAGGGACAGGCAAGUUGUCGCAUGGCACCGACCUUAUUGCGUAGAUCUCGAAGAGAGUACUUUUUCGCAUCUGCGUUCCUUUCUUGAGCGAUAUUGUGACAAAAUCAACAGUGAAAUUCCUCCUCUUCCUUUCCCCUCAUCAAGGGAACAUCACAAUUUUCUUAAAUUGUGCCUCAAGUUGCUGUCAAACCAUCUUGCCCUUGCUCUUGCUGGAGGAGUAGCUACGAGCAUUCUCGGAAGGCAAGCGGGGCCACUUCGCAAUUUACUUUUUAGACUGAUGGAUUCCUCUGUCCCAGAUGAAAUACAAGAGGUUGUAAUCGAGACCCUGUCAGUCGGAGCUACAAUGUUACUACCUCCCCUAAGAGAGCGAAUGGAAUUAUUGCAUUCUCUUCUACCCCAGGGACCCGACAGAUGGGAAAGCUUAUCUAAAGGACAGAGAAUGCAGUUGGAUAUUAUUCUGACAAGCUUACAGGAUCAUACACAUGUAGCCUCCCUACUUGGUUAUAGUUCACCCUCCGAUGCUCCUGAAGCGUCCUCAACUUGUAUUAGCUACGGAACGCUGUCUGACCAACCCUACGGCCCGCCAAGCAGUCAUCCCGAUACUCAUUUGGCAGAAAUUUUAAUGAAGACUCUUCUAAGAAAUCUGGGAUUUUACACAGAUCAAGCAUUUGGUGAAUUGGAAAAAAACAGUGAUAAAUUUUUACUUGGGACGUCAUCGUCUGAAAACAGCCAGCCCGCUCAUCUUCAUGAACUGCUGUGUUCUCUGCAGAAGCAACUGCUGGCAUAUUGCCAUAUCAACAGUGUUAGCGAGAAUUCUAGCAGCGUGGCACUGCUACACAAACAUCUUCAGCUCUUGCUGCCCCAUGCCACAGACAUCUAUUCACGCUCUGCAAAUCUCCUGAAGGAAAGUCCUUGGAAUGGCAGUGUUGGGGAAAAACUGAGAGAUGUAAUUUAUGUAUCUGCUGCUGGCAGCAUGCUCUGCCAGAUUGUUAACUCUUUACUUUUACUGCCCGUGUCAGUGGCUCGGCCCCUGUUGAGUUACCUUCUAGAUCUAUUGCCACCUCUCGACUGCCUUAAUAGACUAUUGCCCGCCGCUGCGCUUUUAGAAGACCAAGAGCUACAGUGGCCUCUUCACGGUGGACCGGAGCUGAUCGAUCCCGCGGGAGUGCCUUUACCCCAGCCUGCUCAGUCUUGGGUGUGGCUCGUAGAUCUUGAGAGAACCAUCGCUCUGCUUAUUGGACGGUGUCUUGGCGGCAUGCUUCAGGGCUCUCCAGUGUCCCCGGAGGAACAAGACACCGCGUACUGGUUGAAAACGCCACUUUUCAGUGACGGUGUAGAGAUGGAUACUCCUCAUUUAGACAAGUGCAUGAGUUGCCUGUUGGAAGUGGCCCUUUCCGGAAAUGAAGAACAGAAGCCAUUCGAGUAUAAAUUACAGCCCGAAAUUGCAGUCUUUGUUGAUUUAGCUUUGGGUUGUACCAAAGAACCAGCCCGAAGUCUCUGGAUCACCAUGCAAGAUUAUGCUCUUAGUAAAGAUUGGGACAGUGCAACUUUAAGUAAUGAGUCACUUCUGGACACCGUGUCUAGAUUUGUUCUUGCAGCUCUUCUGAAACACACAAAUUUACUUAGUCAAGCAUGUGGGGAGAGCAGGUAUCAGCCUGGUAAAUCCUUAGCAGAAGUAUAUCGCUGUGUGUACAAAGUUCGAAGUCGUUUGCUGGCUUGCAAGAAUAUGGAACUUAUUCAAACUAGGUCGUCAUCGAGAGACAGAUGGAUUUCAGAAAACCAGGAUUCUGCAGACGUCGAUCCACAGGAACAUUCCUUUACUCGCACCAUCGAUGAGGAAGCUGAAAUGGAGGAGCAAGCAGAGAGAGACAGAGAAGAGGGCCAUCCGGAGCAGGAAGAUGAAGAGGAGGAGAGGGAGCAUGAAGUUAUGACAGCUGGCAACCGUGUUUUUGUGUUGCACGUUACAGAAAUCUUUCAAUGUUUCCUAUCAGCCCGUGAAGUAGCUCGCAGCCGGGAUCGAGAUAGAAUGAGCACGGGGGCAGGGACGGGGACUCGAGUUGAUGAUCCGCCUCCUCAGUCCCAGCAGGAGCGAAGGGUCAGCACAGACCUGCCGGAGGGGCAGGAUGUUUAUACUGCGGCCUGCAACUCCGUCAUCCACCGGUGUGCCUUGUUGAUCUUAGGAGUGAGCCCCGUUAUUGAUGAGCUUCAGAAGCGAAGGGAGGAAGGCCAGUUACAGCAACCUUCAACGAGUACCCCGGAAGGGGUCGGACUGAUGACUAGGAGUGAAAGUCUUACUGCAGAGAGUCGCUCAGUCCACGCUAGUCCAAAUUAUAGACUGAUCAAAUCGAGGAGUGAAUCUGAUUUAUCUCAGCCAGAAUCAGAUGAAGAAGGUUACUCACUGAGUGGGAGACGAAAUGUAGAUUUGGACCUGGCAUCUUCUCAUAGAAAGAGGGGCCCCGUGCACAGUCAAGUGGAACCCUUGAGUGACUCCUGGGCUCGUCUAAAACAUAGCCGAGACUGGUUGGCCAGCUCCUCGUAUUCAUUCGAAUCUGAUUUUGACCUCACGAAAUCCCUGGGAGUUCAUACUUUGAUAGAAAAUGUCGUCAGCUUUGUGAGCGGAGAUGUGGGGAAUGCCCCGGGCUUUAAGGAGCCGGACGAAAACAUGUCUACAAGUCCCCAAGCAUCUAUCAUUGCGCUGGAGCAACAACAGCUAAGGGCAGAGCUUCGCUUGGAGGCCCUUCAUCAGAUCUUAGUUCUGCUGUCUGGGAUGGAGGAAAAAGGCAGUGCACCAGCUGUAGGAAACAGACAGGGGACAGGAUUUCAGUCAUCUUCACUCCUUACAUCUGUUAGAAUGCAGUUUCUAGCUGGAUGUUUUGGUCUGGGUACAGUAGGCCAUAUGGGAACCAAAGGAGAGAGUGUCCGAUUACAUCAUUAUCAGGAUGGCAUCAGAGCUGCUAAGAGAAGUAUUCAGAUUGAAAUCCAAGUGGCUGUUCAUAAAAUUUAUCAGCAAUUAUCUGCUACUUUGGAGCGAGCCCUUCAAGCAAAUAAGCAUCAUAUUGAAGCUCAGCAGCGUCUCCUUUUGGUAACCGUCUUUGCUCUAAGUGUCCAUUAUCAACCAGUUGAUGUUUCUUUGGCGAUUUCCACCGGUUUGCUAAAUGUACUAUCCCAGUUGUGUGGUACCGACACCAUGCUGGGUCAGCCCAUGCAAUUAUUACCUAAAACUGGAAUUUCCCAGCUCAGCACUGCUUUGAAAGUAGCCAGCACAAGACUACUCCAGAUUCUGGCCAUCACUACUGGGACGUAUGCCGAUCAGUUGAGCCCCAAAGUAGUGCAGUCUUUGCUGGAUCUGCUGUGCAGUCAAUUGAAGAACUUACUGUCACAAGCUGGGGUCUUGCUUAUGGUUUCCUUUGGAGAAGAAGGAGAAGAGGAGGAAGAGGGAGGGGAAGAGAAAAAGGCGGAUUCAAGCGGAGAAAAUGAGAAGAGAGACUUCAGAGCCGCUCUCCGAAAACAACAUGCUGCCGAAUUGCACCUAGGGGAUUUUUUAGUCUUUCUACGGAGAGUUGUUUCCUCGAAAGCUAUUCAAUCCAAAAUGGCAUCCCCAAAAUGGACCGAAGUGCUUCUUAACAUUGCAUCUCAGAAGUGUUCUUCAGGUAUCCCCCUGGUUGGCAACUUAAGGACGAGGCUCCUUGCACUUCAUGUUCUCGAAGCCGUGUUGCCCGCUUGCGAAUCUGGUGUGGAAGAUGAUCAGAUGGCUCAGGUGGUGGAACGGUUGUUUUCCCUUCUGUCGGAUUGUAUGUGGGAAACACCAAUUGCUCAAGCCAAACACGCUAUUCAGAUUAAGGAAAAGGAACAGGAAAUGAAGUUACAGAAGCAAGGAGAAUUGGAGGAAGAAGAUGAGAACCUUCCAAUUCAAGAAGUGUCUUUUGACCCAGAGAAAGCCCAAUGCUGCUUAGUAGAAAACGGGCAGAUUUUGACGCAUGGGAGUGGAGGGAAAGGCUAUGGGUUAGGAUCAACUGGAGUCACUUCUGGAUGCUAUCAAUGGAAGUUUUACAUCGUCAAGGAAAAUCGAGGCAACGAGGGCACAUGUGUUGGAGUCUCUCGCUGGCCAGUGCAUGAUUUUAACCAUCGCACGACCUCCGAUAUGUGGCUUUAUAGAGCCUACAGCGGUAACCUCUAUCAUAACGGAGAGCAGACUUUGACAUUGUCCAGCUUUACUCAAGGAGAUUUCAUCACGUGCGUGCUAGACAUGGAGGCCAGAACUAUUUCCUUUGGGAAAAACGGAGAGGAACCUAAACUGGCUUUCGAAGAUGUGGAUGCAGCAGAAUUAUAUCCUUGUGUAAUGUUCUAUAGUAGCAAUCCAGGAGAAAAGGUAAAGAUCUGUGAUAUGCAGAUGCGUGGUACUCCGAGGGACUUGCUUCCCGGUGACCCCAUCUGCAGUCCCAUGGCUACCGUGCUGGCCGAGGCCACGAUUCAGCUAAUCCGUAUCCUUCAUCGGACGGAUCGAUGGACCCACUGCAUUAAUAAAAAAAUGAUGGAAAGGCUACAUAAAAUCAAGACCUGCAUUAAAGAGACAGGUCAGAAGCUAAAGAAAAGUCGCUCGGUUCAAAGCCGAGAGGAGAGUGAGCAGAGAGAAGAGAGAGAGAGCAAAGAGGAGGAGAAAGGUAAACAUAGUAGGCACGGUCUCGCCGAGCUCUCCGAACUCCAACUGAAGACACUCUGCUUAGAGGUGUGGCCGGUGCUUGCCGUGAUAGGCGGAGUCGACGCCGGUCUUCGAGUCGGAGGUCGGUGCGUCCACAAGCAGACCGGGCGCCAUGCCACGUUACUUGGAGUGGUCAAGGAGGGUAGUACUUCAGCUAAGGUCCAGUGGGAUGAAGCAGAAAUAACCAUCAGCUUCCCAACUUUUUGGUCGCCUAGUGAUACUCCAUUGUAUAAUCUGGAAUCGUGUGAACCGCUGCCCUUUGAUGUUGCAAGAUUUCGGGGACUGACAGCUUCCGUGCUAUUGGAUCUCACGUAUCUGACCGGUAUCCAUGAAGACAUGGGAAAACAGAGCGCCAAGCGACAUGAGAAGAAGCACCGCCAUGAAUCUGAGGAAAAGGGGGACAUUGAGCAGAAAACAGAGAGUGACGCUGCCCCAGAGGUGCGACCUGAUGACGUCAAAGGUCAUGGUGCCGCAGUCUCCAAGUCAGACAAUGAAAUAGCUUCCUUUUCUUUAGAACCGUCACCCCCAGGUCUGGAGCCCCAAUACCAAGGGGUGGAAGGAAAACGGAAAACAAACCACGAACACACUCCCAAAAACCACGAUGUGGUACAGUCAGAAAUCAGGGCUGUGCAGUUGUCUUAUCUUUACCUUGGGGCUAUGAAGUCUCUCAGUGCUCUUCUCAGUUGCAGUAAAUAUGCGGAAUUGCUUCUUAUACCAAAAGUUCUGGCCGAGAAUGGCCACAAUUCCGACUGUGCCAGUUCUCCCGUUGUCCACGAAGAUGUUGAAAUGCGAGCGGCGUUACAGUUCCUGAUGAGACACAUGGUGAAACGAGCGGUUAUGCGAUCCCCUAUAAAGAGAGCCCUGGGAUUGGCGGAUUUGGAAAGAGCCCAAGCCAUGAUCUAUAAAUUAGUCGUCCAUGGUCUUUUGGAGGAUCAGUUUGGUGGCAAAAUUAAACAAGAAGUUGAUCACCAAACGGAAGAAAACGAACAAACCCAACAGGCCCAGACUCCAGUUACCACCAGUCCUUCUGCUUCUAGCACCACAUCCUUUAUGAGCAGUUCUCUGGAAGAUACAACCACAGCCACGACCCCAGUCACCGAUACCGAAACGGUGCCCGCUUCCGAGUCCCCAGGAGUUAUGCCCCUCAGUCUUCUAAGGCAAAUGUUCUCUAGUUACCCAACUACCACUGUGCUUCCUACCCGCCGGGCACAGACUCCUCCAAUAUCCUCUCUGCCAACCUCUCCUUCUGAUGAAGUAGGAAGGAGGCAAAGCCUGACCUCUCCCGAUUCCCAGACCGCAAGGCCCUCCAAUCGAACAGCUUUGUCAGAUCCAAGUAGUCGACUUUCAACUUCUCCUCCUCCACCAGCAAUUGCCGUGCCCUUGUUAGAAAUGGGAUUCUCUCUGCGACAGAUUGCCAAAGCCAUGGAAGCCACAGGCGCAAGAGGAGAAGCAGAUGCCCAGAAUAUCACAGUCCUGGCCAUGUGGAUGAUCGAACAUCCCGGGACAGAGGAAGAUGAAGAGCCUCAGUCUGGCAACACCACAGAUGCCCGGCAUGGAGCAGCAAUUUCAGGAAAUAGUGGAAAAUCGAAUGAUCCUUGCUAUCUGCAGUCACCUGGGGAUAUAGCGUCUGCUGAUGCGGCUGAAAUGGAGGAGGGCUUUAGUGAAAGUCCCGAUAAUCUGGAUCACUCCGAGAAUGCAGCUUCUGGAAGCGGGCCUCCCUCCAGGGGACGAUCAGCAGUAACAAGAAGACACAAAUUCGAUUUAGCCGCUCGGACACUGUUAGCACGAGCAGCGGGGCUAUACCGCUCUGUACAGGCCCAUAGAAAUCAGAGCCGGAGAGAAGGAAUAUCUUUGCAGCAAGACCCCGGAGCACUCUAUGACUUCAACUUAGAUGAGGAGUUAGAAAUUGAUCUUGAUGAUGAAGCAAUGGAAGCAAUGUUUGGACAAGACCUGGCCAGUGAUAAUGAUAUUCUGGGAAUGUGGAUCCCAGAGGUAUUGGAUUGGCCUACAUGGCACGUCUGUGAAUCCGAAGAUAGAGAAGAAGUGGUGGUCUGUGAGCUCUGUGAAUCCAGUGUGGUGAGCUUCAAUCAGCAUAUGAAAAGAAAUCACCCCGGAUGUGGCCGGAGCGCUAACCGCCAGGGAUAUCGUAGCAAUGGUUCCUACGUGGAUGGCUGGUUUGGUGGUGAAUGUGGAAGCGGAAAUCCAUAUUACCUGUUGUGUGGCAGUUGUCGGGAGAAAUAUUUGGCCCUGAAGACUAAAUCCAAGGCAUCGACUUCGGAAAGGUACAAAGGACAGGCCCCGGAUUUAAUUGGCAAGCAGGACAGCGUCUAUGAAGAAGACUGGGACAUGCUAGAUGUCGAUGAGGAUGAAAAGCUCACGGGCGAAGAAGAAUUCGAGUUGCUUGCCGGACCUUUGGGUUUAAAUGAUCGUCGUAUAGUCCCGGAGCCAGUUCAGUUCCCGGACAGUGACCCCCUGGGAGCAUCAGUAGCGAUGGUUACUGCCACGAACAGCAUGGAAGAAACACUAAUGCAAAUAGGUUGCCACGGCUCCAUAGAAAAAUGUUCUUCUGGGAGAAUAACCCUGGGAGAACAAGCUGCUGCUCUGUUAAACCCACACGACCGUGUAAUGGCUUUAAGAAGAGUGACAGCAGCAGCUCAGGUCCUUUUAGCAAGAACUAUGGUUAUGAGAGCUCUUUCUCUGCUCUCUGUCAGUGGUUCCAGUUGCAGUCUCGCUGCCGGUCUUGAAUCCUUGGGCUUAACGGAUAUCCGAACGUUGGUUCGAUUAAUGUGCUUGGCUGCAGCGGGAAGGGCUGGUCUCUCCACGAGUCCUUGCGUUGUGGCCAGCUCCUCGGAGCGUUCUCGAGGCAUGCACAGCAAGACCAGCAAGCCCAUAUCCUGCCUAGCAUAUCUGAGCACAGCUGUGGGCUGCUUAGCAUCUAAUGCACCCAGUGCUGCAAAACUGUUGGUGCAGUUGUGUACACAGAACCUGAUCUCGGCUGCAACGGGUGUAAACCUGACCACGGUUGACGAUCCAAUUCAACGGAAGUUUCUGCCCAGUUUUUUGCGAGGAAUUGCAGAAGAGAACAAACUUGUAACCUCUCCCAACUUUGUAGUAACUCAGGCCCUCGUGGCACUGCUAGCCGACAAAGGGGCUAAAUUGAGGCCUAAUUAUGAUAAAGCAGAAAUUGAAAAGAAAGGCCCUCUGGAACUGGCUAAUGCCCUGGCAGCUUGCUGCCUAUCUUCAAGGCUCUCGUCACAACACAGGCAGUGGGCCGCUCAACAACUUGUGCGAACUCUAGCCGCACACGACCGAGACAAUCAGACGAGUCCUCAGACUCUUGCCGACAUGGGAGGAGAUCUUAGGAAGUGCUCCUUCAUAAAGCUGGAGGCCCAUCAGAACAGGGUGAUGAUGUGCGUUUGGUGUAAUAAAAAGGGGCUUUUGGCCACCAGUGGCAAUGAUGGCACCAUCAGAGUAUGGAAUGUUACCAAAAAACAAUAUUCGUUGCAACAAACCUGUGUAUUUAACCGACUGGAAAGUGAAUCAGAGGAAAGUUUGGGGUCACCGGGUGAUCCAAGCUUCUCACCUGUCUCUUGGAGUAUCAGUGGAAAAUAUCUAGCUGGAGCUCUGGAAAAGGUGGUGAAUAUUUGGCAAGUCAAUGGAGGAAAAGGGCUAGUAGACCCUCAACCACACUGGGUAUCUGCGUUGGCUUGGCCGGAAGAGGGUGGGCCUGCAACCUGGUCUGGAGAGUCUCCGGAAUUGCUGCUCGUGGGACGUAUGGAUGGGUCUCUUGGAAUUAUCGAAGUUGUAGAUGCUUCGACCAUGCAUCGGCGGGAACUGGACCAUUGCUAUCGAAAGGAUGGUGAAGCAGCUUUCAAUGGAGGACAGAUUGACCAUAAUAGGGAAGAUGGUGAUAGACAGGAUCAUAAAGGGGUGUCCGUUACUAGCAUCGCCUGGUUCAGUGAAGACAAGCCAUUUGCGGUGGGGUAUUUUGAUGGUAAAUUGCUACUAGGAACAAAGGAACCGCUUGAAAAGGGAGGCAUCGUUCUGGUUGAUGCACAUAAGGAGACUAUUGUCAGUAUGAAAUGGGAUCCAACUGGUCAUAUUCUAAUGACUUGUGCCAAAGAAGAAAAUGUGAAACUCUGGGGCCCAUUAGCAGGGUGUUGGAGGUGCUUACAAUCCCUCUCCCAUCCGUCGACUGUGAAUGGGAUCGCCUGGUGCCAUCUUCCAGGGAAAGGGCCCAAGUUACAACUGUUGAUUGCUACUGGCUGCCAAAAUGGGUUAGUGUGUGUUUGGAGUGUACCCCAAGACAUAGUGAACAUACUACAAUCCAGUCCAAGUAGUUCGGAAGGCUGGUGGGAUCCAGGAUCAGGCUGCAAGGAUGGACACCGGAAAGCCGUGGAAGCGAAGUGCAUCUAUCAGCUCCGGGGACACAUUACCCCCGUUCGGACAGUUGCUUUCAGUUGGGACGGCCUGGCCCUGGUGUCUGGUGGACUUGGAGGGCUCAUGAACAUUUGGUCCUUAAGGGAUGGUUCGGUGUUGCAGACUGUUGUGAUAGGGUCUGGAGCUAUUCAGACCACAGUAUGGAUCCCUGAUGUUGGGGUUGCUGCUUGUUCUAAUAGAUCAAAGGAUGUUUUGGUGGUGAAUUGCACAUCAGAGUGGAUAGCUGCCAAUCACGUCCUAGCAACGUGUAGGACGGCGCUGAAACAGCAGGGUGUUUUGGGUUUGAACAUGGCUCCUUGCAUGAGAGCGUUCUUGGAAAGACUGCCCAUAAUGCUUCAGGAACAGUACGCCUAUGAAAAGCCACAUGUGGUCUGUGGGGACCAGCUAGUUCACAGUCCUUAUAUGCAGUGCCUGGCUUCACUCGCUGUCGGACUUCAUCUGGAUCAGCUUCUGUGUAAUCCACCGGUUCCCCCUCAUCACCAGCACUGCCUCCCCGACCCCUCAACGUGGAAUCCGACGGAGUGGGCUUGGUUGGAAUGUUUCUCAACCACCGUAAAAGCUGCAGAAGCCCUGGCCAAGGGAGCUCAGUUCCCAGAAUCCUUUACUGUUCCUGAUCUGGAACCUGUACCAGAAGAUGAGCUUGUACUUCUAAUGGAUAACAGUAAAUGGAUUAAUGGAAUGGAUGAACAAAUUAUGUCUUGGGCAACAUCGAGACCCGAGGACUGGCAUUUGGGAGGCAAAUGUGAUGUCUACCUGUGGGGUGCUGGCCGGCAUGGACAGUUGGCUGAGGCCGGGAGAAAUGUCAUGAUCCCAGCAGGAGCACCUUCAUUUUCACAGGCUCAACAGGUCAUCUGUGGUCAAAAUUGUACUUUUGUUAUACAGGCCAAUGGCACAGUGUUGGCUUGUGGGGAAGGUAGUUAUGGGAGAUUGGGACAAGGAAAUUCAGAUGACCUUCACGUUUUGACCGUUAUUUCAGCCUUGCAAGGCUUUGUGGUAACACAGCUAGUGACUUCCUGUGGCUCUGAUGGGCAUUCCAUGGCCUUGACAGAAAGUGGUGAGGUUUUCAGCUGGGGAGACGGAGACUACGGCAAACUUGGCCACGGGAAUAGUGACCGGCAGCGCCGUCCAAGACAGAUAGAGGCCUUACAAGGAGAAGAGGUUGUGCAGAUGUCCUGUGGCUUCAAGCACUCAGCCGUGGUGACUGCAGAUGGCAAAAUGUUUACGUUUGGAAAUGGCGACUACGGGCGAUUGGGCCUGGGAAACACCUCGAACAAGAAACUUCCGGAGAGAGUGACAGCGUUGGAGGGCUAUCAGAUUGGACAGGUGGCUUGCGGAUUAAACCAUACAUUAGCUGUGUCAACGGAUGGCUCAAUGGUGUGGGCAUUUGGGGAUGGAGACUAUGGAAAACUUGGUUUAGGAAAUUCAACAGCAAAAUCUUCACCACAGAAAGUCGAUGUCCUGUGUGGAAUUGGAAUCAAAAAGGUUGCCUGUGGGACACAGUUUUCCGUUGCAUUGACAAAGGAUGGUCACGUAUAUACCUUUGGACAGGACCGAUUGAUAGGCUUGCCAGAAGGACGUGCUCGAAAUCACAACAGGCCCCAGCAAGUUCCGGUCCUAGCUGGAGUUGUGAUUGAAGAUGUAGCGGUGGGAGCUGAGCAUACAUUAGCCAUAACAUCCACGGGAGACGUGUAUGCCUGGGGUAGCAAUUCCGAAGGGCAGCUUGGAUUGGGCCAUACAAACCAUGUCCGAGAGCCAACUUUAAUAACAGUUCUGCAAGGGAAGAACAUCCGACAGAUUUCAGCAGGCCGCUGUCACAGCGCUGCUUGGACUGCUCCUCCUGUUCCACCCAGAGCCCCAGGUGUAUCGGUGCCUUUACAGCUCGGUUUACCAGAUGGCAUUCCACCCCAGUACGGUGCUCUGAAGGAAGUGAGCAUUCAUACAGUCAGAGCCAGGCUCAGACUGCUCUACCACUUUUCAGAUCUCAUGUACUCUUCGUGGAGGCUACUGAAUCUCAGCCCCAAUAAUCAGAACAGCACAUCUCAUUAUAGUGCUGGAACGUGGGGGAUCGUCCAGGGGCAGCUCAGGCCGCUGCUGGCUCCCAGAGUUUACACUCUUCCCAUGGUGCGCUCCAUUGGAAAAACCAUGGUUCAGGGCAAAAACUAUGGACCACAGAUUACCGUGAAAAGAAUAUCGACCAGAGGUCGGAAGUGUAAGCCCAUUUUUGUGCAAAUAGCAAGACAAGUGGUAAAACUGAACGCGUCCGAUCUCCGCCUGCCCUCCAGGGCCUGGAAAGUGAAGUUGGUCGGAGAGGGAGCCGAUGAUGCUGGGGGAGUGUUUGAUGACACCAUUACUGAGAUGUGCCAGGAACUUGAAACUGGGGUAGUAGAUCUCUUUAUUCCUUCCCCGAAUGCAACUGCGGAAGUGGGCUACAACAGGGACAGGUUCCUUUUUAACCCUUCAGCCUGUUCGGAUGAACAUCUAAUGCAGUUUAAGUUCUUAGGGAUUCUGAUGGGUGUUGCCAUUCGUACCAAGAAGCCUUUAGAUCUUCACUUGGCCCCAAUGGUCUGGAAACAAUUGUGCUGUAUCCCGCUUACUCUGGAGGAUCUAGAGGAAGUGGAUCUGCUCUAUGUGCAGACUCUUAACAGCAUUCUUCACAUUGAAGACAGUGGGAUCACUGAAGAGAAUUUCCAUGAGAUGAUUCCUCUUGAUUCUUUUGUUGGGCAGAGUGCUGAUGGCAAAAUGGUUCCCAUAAUCCCUGGUGGGAACAGCAUCCCACUAACAUUUUCCAACAGGAAAGAGUACGUGGAGAGAGCUAUCGAGUACAGACUCCAUGAAAUGGAUCGGCAGGUAGCAGCAGUGCGAGAGGGAAUGUCUUGGAUCAUCCCCGUCCCCUUGUUAUCCCUACUCACCGCAAAGCAGCUGGAGCAAAUGGUCUGCGGGAUGCCCGAGAUCUCUGUGGAAGUCCUAAAAAAAGUCGUGCGGUACCGCGAGGUUGACGAACAACAUCAGUUAGUGCAGUGGUUUUGGCACACCCUGGAAGAGUUCUCCAAUGAGGAGAGAGUCCUUUUCAUGAGGUUUGUGUCCGGAAGGUCUCGCCUGCCAGCCAACACAGCCGAUAUCUCCCAGCGAUUCCAAAUAAUGAAGGUUGAUAGGCCUUAUGACAGCUUGCCUACCUCACAGACCUGUUUCUUUCAACUGAGGCUUCCACCUUACUCCAGUCAGCUAAUCAUGGCAGAGCGUUUGCGCUAUGCAAUCAAUAACUGCAGGUCUAUAGAUAUGGACAAUUACAUGCUGUCACGCAACGUGGACAAUGCAGAGGGCUCAGACACAGAUUAUUAGUCUGUGAACAAAAUCAUCUUUCCACCACAAAAUAGUGCCCAUUUCCAAUUCAAUGUUGACAGUUUUAUGGUAACCAUAGUUGUUUUAGGAGCAUAAACCGAUAUUUUAAGCAGUGGCCACAUUUAGUUACUCUAAAUGUAACAAAAAAAUUAGAUGUUUUUAUUUUUCUGUGACUGUAAAAAAAAAAAAAAAAAGGCAAAAGAAGUGCUCUCAGUAAGGUUUUUUUCCCUCCAUAUUUUGGUCACUUUUGAUAAGUUUGCAUGGAGCCAUUUUGGUGCAUUUGGGGUGGGGGGAGGGUGGGGGGGAAGGGAGGGGUGACAUAUUUGUGAACCCUCCCAGUGAACAUGAAAAGUUGUACAUUGUGUAUAAUUGUUCAUUAGGAAGAACAGUUUUACAUGAAUAUUCAUAUAUUUAUUUUGUUUUAAUUUGAAUUGCCUGUGCAGGGUUCCUUAAGCAGAGAAAUAAAGCAGAUUCAAGAAUAA